AUGGCCGAAGCGCCUCAGGUGGUGGAGAUCGACCCGGACUUCGAGCCACUGCCACGGCCUCGGUCGUGCACUUGGCCCCUACCCAGACCGGAGUUUAACCAGUCGACUUCGGCCACCUCCAGUCCGGCCCCCUCCGGCUGCGGUGGUGGCGGCGGGGCAGGGAAUCCCGGGGAUGCCGCGUCCGCCGCCUCGGCCGCUGUCAGCUCUGACUUCCUCAGCAAUCUGAGCCUCCUGGAGGAGAGUGAGGACUUUGAACAGUCCCCGAGUUCCGUGGCUGCGGCUGCUGCUGCUGCUGCUGCCGCCGUGGCUGCAGCGGCGGCAGCAGCAGCAGCAGCUGCGGCUGCCGCGACCGAAGGACUAUGUCCGGACUUCCAGUGUCCGGAGACCACCUGCCUGCAGCAGCAGCAACAACAGCAACAGCAGCAGCAGCAGCCUGGGCCCCUCCAGCAGCAUCCGCCCGUACCCCCGGCCUCGGCGGGGCCCCUGUCCGGGCAGCCUCGCAAGAGCAGCUCGUCCCGCCGCAACGCCUGGGGUAACCUGUCCUAUGCCGACCUGAUCACCAAGGCCAUCGAGAGCUCCGCGGAGAAGCGGCUCACUCUGUCCCAGAUCUACGAGUGGAUGGUGAAGAGCGUCCCCUACUUCAAGGAUAAGGGGGACAGCAACAGCUCCGCCGGCUGGAAGAAUUCGAUUCGCCACAAUUUGUCCCUGCAUAGCAAGUUCAUCCGAGUGCAGAAUGAAGGAACUGGGAAAAGCUCCUGGUGGAUGCUUAAUCCAGAGGGAGGCAAGAGUGGGAAAUCUCCUCGGAGAAGAGCCGCCUCCAUGGACAACAACAGCAAAUUCGCUAAAAGCAGAGGCCGAGCAGCCAAGAAGAAAGCGUCUCUCCAGUCUGGCCAGGAAGGGAGCGGCGACAGCCCCGGGCCCCAGUUCUCCAAGUGGCCCGCCAGUCCCGGCUCUCACAGCAACGAUGACUUCGAUAACUGGAGUACGUUUCGCCCUCGAACGAGCUCAAACGCUAGUACUAUUAGCGGGAGACUCUCUCCCAUCAUGACCGAACAGGAUGAUCUUGGCGAUGGGGAUGUCCACUCGAUGGUCUAUCCUUCGUCCACCACUAAGAUGGCGUCCACUUUGCCCAGCCUGUCAGAGAUCAGCAAUCCUGAAAACAUGGAAAACCUCUUGGAUAAUCUCAACCUCUUGUCAUCGCCUACAUCCUUAACGGUGUCAACUCAGUCUUCUCCCGCCACGAUGAUGCAGCAGACGCCCUGCUACUCGUUUACCCCUCCGAACACGAGCAUGAAUUCGCCGAGCCCCAAUUACCAAAAAUACCCUUACCGCCAGUCCCCCAUGAGCCCGUUGCCCCAGAUGUCUAUGCAAACCCUUCAAGACAGCAAAUCGAGCUACGGAAGCAUGAACCAAUAUAACUGCCCCGCGGGGCUCCUGAAGGAACUGCUCACCUCCGACUCUCCUCCCCACAACGACAUCUUGACGCCCGUCGAUGCCGGGGUGGCUCAGCCGGGUGGCCGGGUGAUGAGCCAGAACGUGCUGAUGGCCCCGAGCCCGGUGAUGCCGGCCUACGGCAACCAGGCGUCCCACAACAAGAUGAUGGGCGCCAACGCCCACCCGCACCCGGGACACUCUGCGCAGACCUCUGCCGUCAACGGGCGUGCCUUGCCCCACGCGGUGAGCGCCAUGCCUCACACCCCGGGCUUGAGCCGCCUGACCCCCGGGAAGCCGUUGUUGCAAGUGCCUCUGACCCACCCCAUGCCGAUGACCGCCGUGAGCCCGUACCCGGCCGUGAACAGUUGCAACGGCUACGGAAGGAUGGGCCUUCUCCACCAGGAGAAGCUCCCCAGUGACUUAGACGGCAUGUUCAUCGAAGGCUUGGACUGCGACAUGGAGUCCAUCAUCCGCAACGACCUCAUGGACGGAGACACGCUAGAUUUUAACUUUGACAAUGUGUUGCCUAACCAAAGUUUUCCGCACAGUGUAAAGACGACGACACAUAGCUGGGUGUCGGGCUGAGGGAGUGAGCAGGCUACACUUAAAAGUACUUCAGAUUUGUCUGACAGCAGGAACUGAGAAAAGCAGUCCAAAGAUGUCCUUCACCCUCGUUUUAGUUUUCUUGAUAGAAAAAAACACAACGCAACGCAACAAAAAGCAAAAACCAACCCAUGUUCCUUUUUUUCCUUUCGUCAGACUUGGCAGCAAAAAUACUUUUCCUGUACAGGAUGUUUGCCCAAUGUUUGCAGGUUAUGUGCUGCUGUAGAUAAGGACUGUGCCAUUGGAGAUUUCAUUCAUUACAAUGAAGUGCCAAACUCACUACACCAUGUAAUCACAGAACAGACUUUCGGAUCAUGGAGAGCUUUAGAGUUUGUAUAUAAGCAGUAGAUUCAGAAUUGUGUGUGUGCGUGUGUGCGCCUGUGUGUGUGUUUAUAUGUUUUUGUUUUUUAAGAAGAUCCAUUUGGUCCAAGGAAAGUUUAUACUCUUUUUGUAAAGCCGUGAUGGUCUCAUGUCCUAAGUAAGUUAAUCAUUUUUGUUCGUGCUACCUGUGUUCCUCUGAACUGAACUGAUGACUCACAGUGAACCAAGAUCUCCAUUCAGUGGCUUCAGGACAGCCUCGGACUUUAUUCAGGUUGCCACAUAAUUCAUAUGAGAAAGAAAUAGCCUGUUAGGAAUCAGCAGAGGUAAUUGACUUGUGAACGGUUUUGAAACAAUAGAUUAAAUACCAGCUCACACAAGUCUUUUCUAUUGUUUUGUUUUUGUUUUUGUUUUUUAUUUGGAGGUGGGGUGGGUAGCACACUGGUGCAAACAUUUAAAUGGUUCUGAUUUCCAAAUGAAUGAUUUUUAUUGCUCUUGAGACUUCAGAUAAUUUUUUUUGGGAGGGGGGAGGGAAUAGAUAUUGAACUGUAAUGUUUUCUUAAAAUUAGAGUCUACUUUGUUACAUGGUCAGCUUGUAAAUUUAUGGAAUCACAGAUAUUGGGCAGCAUUCAUAAUGUUCAUUUUGUAUUUUUAACUGGAUUCGUACUAAUUUUAUAUGUGCUUAACUGGUUUGUACACCUUGGGAUGCUACUUGGUGAUAUCUCCAUGACUCAUCUAAAAAAGAAAUGAAGUCAUAAUUAGGAUUUGAAUACUAAGCAUUUCUGUCCCAUUUUGGGGAGAGGAAAGUGAUGUAUAGUUCUAGACACUUGGCAUUUCGUGUUUAAGAGAUCUAAUCUGCGUUUUAUAUAUACGUUUUUAGAAACUUCAUCUGCUUCUCUUUCCAUGUUAACAAUGAGUACCACAAAGUGUUAAGUAUUCUUUGAUAGAUGCUUGUAUAAUGCUUUGUCACCUUUGUUUCCUAGAGGUCUCAUCAUGUUUUAGACCAGGAAAGGGGGGGAUGCAGAACCUUCAUCCGAAUGGGCGUAGAGUCAUAGAUCGAGAGUGGGAAGGGACCCCAGAAGGCCCAAUAGAGUUCAAUUCUCUAAAUUUUACAAAUGAGGAAUUUGAGGCCCAGGAAUAUAAAGUGAUUGGACGAAGGUCACACAGCUGGUGAGCGCUUGCUAGAGGUGGGAUUUGGAUCCAGGUCUUUGACUCUAAAACCAAAACUCUUUCUUUAGUACCACACUUGCAAUGUUCUUAUUUUUACAAACUGGAGUUUAUAAUGAAAAGUUCAUGUUCAGUUUAGCUUUAGAAAAAAAGUCUGUCAGAUAUUUUGGUCAUGUACCCCUACCCUGUAUUUGCUAUAUCCCAAAAGGUUGGGACUAUUGUCCUCCCUUGAAGUUUUGUUUACAUACGUGUGUGUAUACACACAUACACACACACACAUCAACCACCCCUUUUUCUUCUCCUCAAAUCACUUUACUGCACGAUGCACAUUAAUUUGGGGGUGAGGAUUUUUAAAUGAAGCAAUACUGAUUAUUGAAGACUUGGUAGUCAUAAUACAGGUGGGUUUUAAUAACCACACCGACCCUGAAAAGGAGUUGUUUCAGAAUCUCUAAUUGAUGCCUCUUCAAAAAAGAAAAACCUUACUUAAUACUAGUCAAGAAUUUGAAGAUUCUUCAGCUUUAAGUAACUUAAUUCAUCAUUCCCAUCACUAUAUUUAAUACUUUUCAAUUACCUGUAACUUGUAGGCCAAGUUAAUUGGAGCUCAAGUCCCAUUUAAUCAAUCAGUAUUUUCAAGUCAUUCUUUGAAUGUUCCAAGACGACAAAAUAAAAGACCAGGUGCACAACAGUCUUCAUUUUGGCUUGUUAGGAGCAUUCUGAUUUCUUUGCAUUUGUCUGUGUACUUAGUCCAAAUCACACUUCCUUUGUCUUGCAUGUUAAUUGCAUCUCUCUUGGCUUUUCUCAGCCUUUCAACCAGGCUUGACAAAAAUGCAGCCACUGUAGAUGACAGACAGUCUAUAGGCCAGCUCUAUUAUAGGCCUCCCACUGUGGCAUUCAUCAUUGGAGUCGCCGAUGAUCUCAAGUCAUGGAAAAUCCUCCCAACCACCAAAUACACAGCCAUCUCCAUUGGUGGCCACUCCAAAAAAUGGCCUCCCCAUCUGCCAAGUAGUACAAUAUUUGCAGUGUGUGCCUAUUUGCUUAUUUUAAAUCUUAGCUUCCCUAAUUAGUAGCCUCCCUCUGUCAAAUAUAACAUGUUAAGCCAUGGUGCCAAAGUAUCUUUUAAAUUUUAUAUUCCUUACCCUACCAUUUACCACAAAAUAUACCCUCCCCCCACCAUAGUGUGAGCAAAAAAAAAAAAAGGUAUUUUAAUUAGAGAAGCAAGCAAUUAAAAUUACCUUGUGAACCUUUGAUUAUAGGGUAGACUGAUACACUUUUUUUUCUUUCUACUUUCUUGGGCCCAUGUCUUUGAAUUUCUUUUUCCCUCAGUCUCUUUGAAUUUCGAAUAUCAAUCCCAUACAACUCUGGGACAUCAUGAAGUCCGAUGAAGGGCAUUUUGUCUGUUUUGAUAGCAAACAUUAUGUGACCUCUAGUAAUUUUUUUUUCCAAUAAGAAUACUGUUUCUGGAGUAAUUUAGUUUUGUCAAUUAUUGUAAAUGAUUGCUUUGUGAAAUGUGCAAAUGAUCUUACCUAUGCAGCCAUGUUUGAUUUAUUUCCUCUGGUUUGUACUGUUAUUAAAAGUAUAUUGUAUUAUAGAACUAUUCAGAUAUUUUAAAUAUAAAGAUGUAUUGUUUCCGUAAUAGAUGUAUGGAAUAUAUUUAGGUAGUAAAUGCAUUAAAUUGGAAAGCUCUGCUUUAGCAAACUGACAAAAUGCUUAAGUUUAUAAGCAAAAGUUGUAACCCAAUAAGUGGUAAAUGAACAGAGCAUCCCUAAGAAGAGAACAGAAAAUCUACAAUUGGACCAAUUUUCAAAUAGUAUAAAAUUUGCACUUGUUAAACCACUGGAUGUAUGUUAUCAAUACUUUCUCCCUUCCUCUUCCCCUCCAUCUCCUUUUAUUUGAAAUUCCUCCUUUCAACUCUUUGGUUUCUUAAUUUAUAACUAAUUUUUAAAAAGGUGUAUCCUUGUGUUUUGUUGUUUUGUUAUGGCAAUCAUUACAUCUAAAUGCAGUAUGGUUUAUGCAAACAAAACACAACUUGGCAUUGAAACUGGCCUCCUAUUUGAAGGUGUUCCACAGCCCAGCAUAUGACCAGGGUAGGCAUGGAUACUCAUUUGUUCACACAGUGGUCCCAGCCUCUGGCUCCUCACUCUGGUUCAGUAACAUUGCAGACUUCAAGUUCAUACUUAGAUCUUUUCUGAGAAGUGCCUGAUGAUGAUGUACUUACAGACACAAGAACAAUCUUUGCUAUUAUUGUAUAAAGCCAUAAAUGUAUAUAAAUUAUGUUAAAA